AUGUUUGACCUCAUUCCGAAGCUCCUUUCCUCUAUAGCAUCCUUCCUCUUCCCCCUUUUCGCCUCUUACAAAGCGCUCAAGACUUCCGAUCUCACACAGCUGACACCAUGGCUGAUGUAUUGGUCCGUCCUCUCUUGCGCCCUCCUCGUUGAGUCCUGGCUCGAGUUUAUCCUCUACUGGAUCCCUUUCUACUCGUAUAUGCGCCUCUUCUUCCUGCUUUACCUCGUCCUUCCCCAGACCCAGGGCGCUCGCGUGCUCUACGAGGCGUAUCUCCACCCAUACCUCGAAGAGAACGAGGCGGCUAUCGAAGAAUUCAUUGCCAGCUCUCACGAUAAGCUAAAAGCCGCGGGUAUAGCCUAUCUGAAGCGCGCUAUCGACUUGCUCCGUACCCAAAUCCUGGGUAUGCCACCGCAAGAGGUGGAACCGGAAGAAACAAGGGCCUCUGCAGCACCACAGGGAUACACGCAGGCGUUGCUUGCUAGGUUCAGCGUGCCGGCCGCACGGUGGGCUGCCAAUAACACUGGCACCACGGGGCAGGAUUUCUUCAACCUGCUGGCCAACGCGGUCGGUACAGCUGCCGGCUCUAGAACUCCUGGAGGAACAACAGUACCGACCAGGGCCGAUACGCUGUCUUCCGCUAGCCUAAUCCCAGGGAACUUUGGCGGCGCGGAGGAGAAAAUGACUUUCAUCACCGCGCAGAGGGAGAGGCUAACGCUCAUGAUGGGCGCUCUAGACAAGGAGGCCAAGCAGCUACAGAUGUCUGAGGAGGAGCGUAGGAGGGCUGAGCAGUCGGGGAGAGUAGGUAGCAUGAGCCUAGACGGCCAGGAAGCAAUUUCACGGCCACCUAGUGGCCAUAGCGUGUGGAGUGGGUUGAGUAAAAGCCGCAGUGAAGUCGACUUCGAGAAGAUCGACGCCGAGAGCGGCGCCGAAGACGAUAACAACCUACGUAGAAGAGCCCCUGUGGGCGAAGAAAACCCGGCUGCUGGAAGAAGCGGUUGGGGCUUCCUAGGUUGGGGCACUGUUGGUACUGGGGAGGAGACCAACCAAACGGAUGCCGGGCACAGCUCUGGAGUCCAGAAGUAG